CUGCCCCUCCACCCACCAUUUGGAAGAUCCUCUCAAGAUCGCUCCCCUCGUGUCCCUCUCGCCUAACAACAUCGCGCCACAGGCGCAAAGCACUCUCGGAUACGAAAGGGAAGUACAGGGAAGGCACCGGUUGUAGCUUGGUUGCCUUCUGAUCUUGAGAGGAUCAGUGCUUAGAAAUUUCGAACGUGUAGGGACAUGGCUUUCUUCCUCGCAGUGGCGGCGUGCGCCUGCUUCAUUUCACUCGCCGUGCUGCUCUACGCACCGAUCAGGCUGAGGAGGAGAGGAGCUGGCAAAAGCGGAGGCCCCGAGCAGAAGAAGCUCAUUCUGCCUCCCGGCUCCCUGGGCUUGCCGUACGUCGGCGAGACACUGCAGCUCUACUCCCAGAACCCCAACGUCUUCUUCGCCUCCAGGCAGCAGAGCUACGGCGAGAUCUUCAAGACGAACCUGCUGGGGUGCCCAUGCGUGAUGCUGGCGAGCCCGGAGGCCGCACGGGUCGUGCUGGUCACGCAGGCGCACCUGUUCAAGCCGACGUACCCGCCGAGCAAGGAGCUCAUGAUCGGGCCGCAGGCGCUCUUCUUCCACCGGGGCGACUACCACCUCCGCCUGCGCCGUCUCGUCCAGGGCUCGCUCGGCCCUGACGCGCUCCGCGCCCUCGUGCCGGACGUCGAGGCCGCUGUGGCCUCCACGCUCGCCGCUUGGGACGGGCACGUCGACAGCACCUUCCACGCCAUGAAGAGACUCACGUUCGACGUCGGCGUCGUUACUAUCUUCGGCCGCCGGCUAGAUGGGCGGUUCAAGGAUGAGUUGAGGAGGAAUUACUUCGUCGUGGAGAAAGGCUACAACAGCUUCCCCAACCCCCUCCCGGGAACUCGCUACCACAAGGCCAUCCAAGCGAGGAAGCGGCUGGGCGCGAUCCUGGGCGACAUCAUGGAGGAGCGGCGAGCGCAGGGUGACCUGGGCGGCGACCUCCUGGGCACCCUCAUGCAGUGGCACGACGGCGGCGGCGCGGCGCUGUCCGACGACCAGAUUGCCGACAACGUAAUCGGCGUGCUGUUCGCGGCGCAGGACACGACGGCCAGCGUGCUCACCUGGGUCCUCAAGUACCUCCACGACCACCCGAAGCUUCUCGAAGCCGUCAAGGCGGAGCAGAUGGCGGCCUACGAGGAGAACGAGGGCGGGAGGCUGCCGCUGACGUGGGCGCAGACGAGGGGCAUGGCAGUAACGCACAGGGUUAUAUUGGAGAGCUUGAGGAUGGCGAGCAUCAUCUCCUUCACGUUCAGGGAGGCCGUUGCCGACGUGGAGUACAAAGGGUUCCUGAUCCCCAAGGGGUGGAAGGUGAUGCCGCUGUUUAGGAACAUCCAUCGCAACCCGGAGUACUUCCAGGACCCACAGAAGUUCGACCCUUCUCGAUUCAAGGUGGCGCCGCGGCCCGGCACGUUCCUGCCGUUCGGGAGCGGCGUGCACGCGUGCCCCGGGAACGAGCUGGCCAAGCUCGAGAUGCUCGUCCUCGUCCAUCGCCUCGUCACCGCCUACAGGUGGGAGGUGGUCGGGUCGAGCGACGAGGUGGCGUACAGCCCGUUCCCCGUGCCGAAACGCGGCCUCCAGGCGAAGCUUUGGAGGGAGACCGGCGGCGCGGGGGAGAACCGCGUGCCCGCUGCCGCCGCCUGAUGCGUCCGGGGGCCCUGCCAUGCAGCCUCGUCCGUUUGCCAUUUGGGAUCUCGGUCCUGGUGCUUCGCUCCUCCGACGAAGCAAGCACAACACCUAGGAGAGGAGGGGAAUAGCGCGUCAUGUUGCAACUUUUCGUUUUCCGUUUCUUUUCGUGUCGGAUGUCAUCCUGGUCGAUGACAUUGCGGAUCAUCCUGGUCGAUCAAGUGGUCGGUGUUAGUUGAUCAGUUACAUUAACUGGACAAUCAAUCAUUGGGAUGAUGGAAGUGUACCAGUAGUAGUGUAAGGGCUGUCAGCUCGACUGGUCGCCCAGGUCAAUAAGCUAAUUUGCAGCUUGAUCGGUCGGUUCCCUUAACUGCGUCCCCGCAAGCUUUCGUGCCAUGCUGCGAUGCCACUCUUUCUGACCACAAACGCUAGUGCCUGCCGGCUGCGAGACUGUCGAAACGCUGGCCUGGCCAUGUGUCGUCGACUGCGCAGUAGUAGCACCACCGGAUCACAGUCACAUCAGUCAUCCCCCGGCGACCGGCGCAUCUGCUUUUUAAAGUAGUUGGCUGUUUUUCCCUCGGCGAAAUA